CUCCAAAUACAUAUCAUUGAUUCAUUAUCAAGUAUUACAGAUAAUCAUUAAGGGAUUGUUUGCUUUGGAUGGUACUCAAAAUUGUUCAAUCAACCAUUAGCCUAUAUUAUUUUUACAUAUCUAAGCUCACCCAUGACCCAACAUAAACACCUCUAAAAAAGGAACAGGAUAUAUAGUAGGAGUAUUAAAUUUAACAGAAGGCUGAGAAUAAUAAAUGCAGGUUUCAUUUUUCUUUUUCUUUUUUUUCUGGAGAAAAAUAUUAGCUGCAUGGUCAGUCCCCAAUGUCAAUCAAGAAGAGAUAUAGAGAAACUCACCAGCCUUGGUUGUUUUAUCUUCCAUGCAAAGCAAUGUUUUAGCUGUGUGUAGUUUGUCAAAACUCAUCUUCUUCCACCCUUGAGCUGCUGUUCCUGUCACCUAACUCACCACACUCCUACCAUUUCAAGCCACUGCUUCUUUUCUCCUCACAUACUUCAAUACUAUAAAUCAAAGCUUCAAGUGAGUAUUUGCCAUCACCCAUCUUCGCCUUCCUCGCAAACCUCGUUAAAGUCGAAGCAACAAGAUGAUUCAGCUACUCAUCCCAUUCCCAGUUCCCUUCCUCUUCCUCUUCCUCUUUUGCUGCACCCUUACUGCUGCUGCACAGCCCCUCGCAGCAGCCCCUGCAUUGUCCGUGCCAAGCGCGCCGACUACUGUGGCAGCUAGCCCUGCGCCGACUGGGCCGGACAGUGUGAUCUCCAUCCUCAAAAAGGAUGGAAGGUUCGGUGUGUUCAUCAAACUUCUGCAGAGCACUAAGGUUGCAGAUAACCUUGACUCACAACUUAUUGAUUCAAGUAAUGGCCUCACAGUUUUCGCCCCGACGGAUAGUGCCUUCUCCAACCUUAAAACGGGCACGCUGAACUCCUUCACCGAUGAGCAGAAAACGGAGCUGGUGCAGUUUCAUGUCCUGACUAGCCAUAUAUCUCCGUCGCAGUUCCAGACAGCCAGCAAUCCUCUGCGCACACAAGCCGGGGGAAGCACGGAACUGCUGGCGAUGAACGUGACUGCAAUAGGAAGUCUAGUGAAUAUUACAACGGGAGAAACAAACACAAGUGUGUCCAACACAAUCUUUGACGACAACCAGCUAGCUGUGUAUCAAGUGGAUAAAGUGUUGCUUCCGAUGAGAUUUUACGUACCUCUGCCACCGCCGCCGCCACCACCACCUCCACCAAAGACACCUUCUCCCAAGGCUUCACCGGUUUAUGUUGCACCAGUGGAUUCGUCCACCAACAAAUGCCUUUCCGAAAAAAAGGCGUUAUAUGCAACGGCCUGUUUCAUGUUAGUACUGGCAGCAUUUCCAUGAUUAGAAUGUGUUUAUUGUAUGCAUUCUGGAUUGCUGUGAUUUCUAUGUGUUGGUUGUAUGUAAUGUUAAGGGUGAUUUGAUUUGCAACACAUUGUUAUACUACAGUCUUAUAUCAUUGCACCUAAUGAAUUCUUCAGCCAACUAAGGGCAUAACCUCACA